CGCCGUAGUGGCCCGCGAGGCGUACGUUGGUAGCCGGCGUCCGACGAAACGGCGAAGAAUAGUAAACGAGAACGGCGGCUAAGCGGCUUUGAUGCGCACUCGACGAGCUAUCCCUAGCCAGCUAGCAUACAUUAGCUGCACCUCCAGCGGUUGCUAGCCGGCUAACCGCCAGUUGAUUUCGCUCACUUUUCUCAAACGUCUGUCUCCCUCCACCUCCAUACACACCCCACGCCACACCACACCGCUGCCCUCGUCCCCCUUAAACCCGUGUCUCUUUUUAGGACGACCCGGUGGCGUUAAGCGGGGGCAACCAGACGCGAAAGCUUGCUACCAAGAUGAGCUAAACGUCGCUGUGGAGGGUGUCGGGCAAGCCAGGGGGGGAAUCUUGACACGACAACAAAAGGAGGAAAAAUGAGAUAUAACUAGCUAACAGAUUGAAGGGGUUCCCCCCCUUUUUCUCUGUUUAUAGCCGCCGCCGCUUUCAGUUUGAGUUAGGGGGUUCAGCUGCUUGAACCUCUUUGUGGAGAUGUGACGACUAGGAAGAGAUUGGUGACACUGAGCUGCCUGUGCAUUGACACGACAUCUUGACCUCAUCUUCAGCAUGAAUGGUGAUAUGCCUCAUGUUCCCAUCACUACUCUUGCUGGAAUUGCUAGCCUAACCGACCUGUUGAACCAGCUGCCUUUGCCUUCCCCCCUUCCGGCCACCACUGCUAAGAGCCUGCUCUACAAUGGAAGGAUCUCCGACGAGGUCAGCAGCCUGUUGGUGUGUCGAGACGAGAAUCUGGUGACUCAGCUGGCACACAGCCUUAACCAGGUCUCCACUGAACACAUAGAGUUGAAGGACAACCUGGGAAAUGAUGAACCUGAGGGUGACAUGCCAAUACUUCUUCAAACUCUGCUGUCCAGGAACCCCAGGAUCUUCAGGGACAAAAGUGUGCUACAGCAACCAUUAAUACAGCAGUACAAGAUUUCGCAGAACCAAGUUCAUGGAAGUCCAGCAUCCAACUAUCAGCAAAGCCCGUCUGGAUGCUUCACAUCCCCACAGUGUGGCUCGGCUACUCAGUUUGUACCCCAGCAGAACAGCCCCAUACCUAGCCCCUAUACCCCACAGAGUCCUGCAGACUACAUUCAGUACAAUCCACCCAGUUACUCUCAUCAGACCCAACAAGUCGUCGGUGGUGUGAGAACAAUCCUCGACAACAAAGUCUCUGAGCAGCUGUCGAGUAAUUCUUCCAACCAUAACACGAAACCCGCCUUGGACGAGGACUACUUGAACGUGGCUCAACGGCUGGGAAAUGAGGGGAAUGACGCUUCCAUAAAAGCCGCCGUGUUUUCUGUAUGUGAAGAGAGUGCAAAAAACACCAGGCCUCCUCUGAUCAUGCAGUCGCCUCCGCUUGACGCGCCGCAAGGUGCCGCCCCUGACCUGCUCCUCUCCGACCGUAAAAAGAAGCCGAGGGAAAGGUGCAAAGAAGAAAACGACAACAUGGACAAAAACGUCUUUUACGACAUAGUUAGCUCUCCGUCGAAGGACUCCGCCAGAUUGACUUUAAAGCUGUCCCGGGUGAAGGUCCAGGACGUGGGCCGCUCCGAAGAGCUCCUCCCGACCUCGCCCGUGGACUCGGAUCACGACGCGGUUGUUUUGAACCACGACGUUCAGUCGUCCAGUUCCCCUCAAGACUUUUCGCUCAAGCCCGAGGCCGAGGUGCACGCGAACUGUCAACAAGCUGCUGAGCAGCCAAACGCCAGGGAGACGGGCGUCAUCAGCGGAGUUGUGUUUGAUGACUCGGAGAUUGACGCACUUGCUGAGAUUGAAAGGAUAGAAUCGGCCAACGAGAGAGAGCGAUGCUCUAAAGAGGUCCAAGAUAAAGACAAGCCUCUAAAGAAACGGAAACAAGACACAUACCCUCAGGAACCCGGAGUUGAGACAAGCGAAUGCCCAUCUGUACACGGAGGCAGCAGCAUCAGCAGACCAGCACCCAAGAACUCGAGUGCUGCGAGUAACGGUGCCAGUCGGCCUGCCUUGAUGGUCAGUAUUGAUCUGAAGCAAGCUGGGAGAGUAAUAGGACAGCCUGUAGUUGUCUUGGAACAGCAGCCGUUGUGUGAAGAUCACUUACGUCUCUUUAAGACAAGUGCGGAUACUGAAAACAGACCUGAGAUCAUCAAAAAGGUUCCUGACACCCCUCAGAUGUCUGGUUCUGAUGGACAUAUAGAAACCAAUACACAGAAGCAAGAAAACCGGUGUGAAUCAAAACACUCUCCCGACAGCAAACCUGACAGCGACAAGGGAAACUCAGAGGACAGACGUUUGGAAAUAACGAGGCUUAAGCAUGACAGGCACUUUAGCUUGCAGCACAAAGAGGAAAAGAACAACAGCAGUCAGCGAUCCCAAGUCAACAGACCCGAAACGCCAAAGUCCACGAACAACAUGGACCGCAACUCAAGACGCGAAGAACAGAAAGGCAGGAAUAAAGACAAGGUGAAGGACAGGAGCAGACAGAGAGACAAGGAUGGAGACAAAGAAAAGCUCAGAGAUCGAGAAAAAUCCAGAGAUGGAAGCAAAAAUGAAGACAAGGACCAGGACAGAGUCAAAGACAAACCUAGAGACAAGGUCAGAGAUAGACAAAAGAACAGAGAAAAAGAGGAAUCCAUCGAGGUGGAAAAACACGAGGACAAAGACCAGGACAGAGUCAAAAACAAACUUGGAGACAAAGUCAGAGACAGAGAAAAGAACAAAGAAAAAGAGGACUCCAUAGAGGUGGAAAAAGACGAAGACAAGGACCAGGACAGAGUCAAAGACAAACCUAGAGACAAGGUCAGAGAUAGACAAAAGAACAGAGAAAAAGAGGAAUCCAUAGAGGUGGAAAAAGACGAAGACAAAGACCAGGGCAGAGCGAAAAGCAAACUUGGAGACAAAGUCCGAGAUAGAGAAAAGAACAGAGAAAAAGAGGAAUCCACAGAGGUGGAAAAAGACGAAGACAAAGACCAGGACAGAGUCAAAAGCAAAUUUGGAGACAAAGUCAGAGAUAGAGAGAAGAACAGAGAAAAAGAGGAAUCCAUAGAGGUGGAAAAAGAUGAAGACAAAGACCAGGACAGAGUCAAAAGCAAACCUGGAGAUAGAGACAAAUGGAGAGAUGGAGAAAAACCCAAAGAAAGAGAAAGCCCCAGAGAAAAAGACAAGCCCAGAGAAAGAGACAAAGAUGCGGUCAAAGACCAGGGGAGACCUAAGAGCAAAAUUAGAGAUAGAGACAAAGAUGGAGAAAAAGUCAGAGAAAGAGACAAAUCCAUUACCGUAGACAAAGAUGAAGACAAAGAUGCUGAAGGAGCAAUGGACAAAGUUAGAGAUAAAGACAAAGUCAGAGACAGAGAAAAAAAACGAGAAAGAGACAAAGUUCGGGAAAGAAACAGAGAUGAAGGCAAAGACCAAGAGAAAGUCAAAGACAAACUUAGAGACAGAGAAAAAGUCAGAGACAGAGAAAAACCCAGAGAAAGGGACAAAUCCAUAGAUGUGGACAAAGAUGGAGGCAAAGACGUUAACAGAGUAAAAGAGAAGGUCAGAGACCGAGACAAAAUCAAAGACAGAGAAAAACCUAGAGAAAGAGACAAAGAUCGGGAGAAAGACAGAGAUAUGGAUAGAAACAGAGACAAAGACAUGGACAGUGAACAAGACAGUAAGAGAGACAAAGAUAGAGACAAAGGUAAAGACAAAGAACGGAACAGAGAUAGAGAGAAAGGCAGAGAGAAGAACAGGAAGCACAAGACGCCGGCUGAAGGAGAAGCUAACAGAAACCUGCCUGAGGCGCAAACUAAAGCUGGGAGCCCUAAACCGAAGCAAGACGAAGGCAGAAAAUCAGCCGAGCUCAAAGAUCGGCAGAGAACGUCCUCUUCCAGCCUUCAGACCAACCUCAAGGACCACCGGAUAAGCGGCGACAGCAGCCAGCCUGCAAACAAACGGCAGGGCUCUGAGAUGAAGACCGCCGAAUUCCCGUCGUUCCUGCUUGGCGGCAACUCAGGAAGUCUCAAGAACUUUGUGAUUCCUAAAUUGAAGCGAGACGGAAAAGAAGGAGCGGGAAAAGAUCUCAAAAGCAAGCUGUUGGAAAGCUGGAGUGAACCAUUGGUGCGGCUGGAGCGGGUGUCGCUGGUAGAGAACUUGAACAGAAGAACUAAACCUGUUGUUGUGGUUAAAAGACUCAACAUAGAAGACAUCAAGAGGAUCAUUAAGGAAACCAAGAAUGCACAAAGAUCCAAAUCCAGACACUGGUCCUCCUUUGACAACGCAGACAGAGAGAGAGCAAAUAAGCGAAAGCACAGUAUGAUCAGUAAGAGGUCCAAAUACGCUGAGGAGGCAGAUGACACGGAUGAGACAGAGGAUGACGAAGAAGAGUCUGCGUCUGAAGAUGAGUCUCCAAGAAAGAGGAAAAAGAAAGACCACGACAAGGCGUGGAAGUUCGAAAAGAAGUCCGGCUCUAAGGACCACCGGCGAAGUGGAGGUUUCCACAACUCUCGGCGGGGUCAUCGGGAUUGGAGCGGCAGCGACGACUCAGAUUCAGGCUCCCCUCCACCGAACCUGAACGACGUUGUCCGAAAAAUGAAGAAACAGAAAAGCAGGAUGGCGUACGAUUCCAAGCUGACGACAGAGGAGAAGAUGGACUCCUCCACAUAUAAGAGGUUUGUAACCCACGUGGACAACAUUCUUGAGAGCGUCGAGGACGUGGACGUCACCGCAGCAGAAGAUGAUGAGAUACCUCAGGAGCUGUUGCUCGGAAAGCAGCAAUUAAACGAGCUCGGCAGCGACUCCGCCAAGAUCAAAGCAAUGGGCAUCUUUAACAAGUUCUCUUGUAGUAAACUGGUGAAAGUGAUGAACAUAUUGGAGAAGAACAUUCAGGACAGCGUCACACUUUCCACCUUGAUGAGUCACGAUAACGACUCGAUGGACGAGGAGCGUCUGUGGCGUGACCUGAUCAUGGAGCGAGUGAUCAAGUCCGCAGACGCCUGUCUGACGGCGCUCAACAUAAUGACGUCCCCGCACAUGCCCAAGGCUGUCUACAUAGAGGACGUGAUCGAGAGGGUGCUGCAGUUCACCAAGUUCCACCUGCAAAACACGCUGUACCCUCAGUACGACCGCUCCUACAGAGCAGAUCGCCUCGGAGGUGCAUCACACACUUCAAAGUCCAAGAGAACCAAAUCUUCUGGCCACAAACAGAAAGUGGUCGUCGCGCUCUACAACAAAGUUUGCGAUAUAAUCAGCGCCAUCUCAGAGCUCCUUGAAAUCCAGCUGCUCACCGACACCACAAUUCUCCAGGUGUCGAGCCUUGGAAUUACGCCUUUCUUUGUGGAGAAUGUCAAUGAACUGCAGUUAUGUGCCAUCUCCAUUGUGACGGCAGUUUUCUCUCGCUACGAGAAGCACAGGCAGCUCAUCCUUGAAGAGAUUUUCACGUCUCUCGCCAGACUUCCCACAAGUAAACGUGGUCUCAGGAAUUUUAGGUUAAACACCAGUGAUUCAGACGGACCCCCGCUGUACAUCCAGAUGGUCUCGGCUCUCGUUCUUCAACUCAUUCAGUGCGUCGUCAAUUUUCCGUCUGCAAAAGAGACAGACGAGGAACCUAAAAAGAAGGUGGAUAAGGAUGUCCUCAUAAGCAACUCUUAUGAAACCGCCAUGAGGACGGGACAGAACUUUCUCUCUGUGUUUCUCAAGAAAUGUGGCAGUAAACAGGGGGAAGACGACUACAGGCCUCUUUUUGAGAACUUUGUCCACGACCUGCUGUCCGCUGUCAACAAACCCGAGUGGCCAGCUGCUGAGCUGCUGCUCAGUUUACUGGGCAGACUGCUGGUCCACCAGUUCAGUAACAAGCAGACAGAAAUGGCGCUCAGGGUGGCAUCGCUCGACUACCUCGGCACCGUCGCCUCCAGCUUGCGUAAAGACUCUCUCUCCUGCAAGAUGGACCAAAGAACCAUCGAUCGCAUUCUUAAGGAGGUUCCUGGCAGUGAUGAGGUACAGCAGCUCCAAAAGGCCUUGCUGGACUUCCUGGAUGAAAACAUUGAUGCAGAUCCAUCUUUGUUGUUUGCCAGGAACUUUUAUAUUGCCCAGUGGUUCAGAGACACCACAGUCGAGGUGGAGAAGGCGAUGAAGUCUCAGACGGAAAACGACGAUGAUCCGAAGUAUCGGCGACAUUCCGAGGAUAACGACGCAACCGGGGAGAUCGUACAGACGGUCGAGGCACGGAAGAAAUUCCUCCGCAAAGUCAUCAAGACAACCCCCCUGAACUUCAGCUCUGUGAAGGCGAGCUCUGACUCACUAGACUAUGAGGACUCCUGUCUGAUCGUGAGAUACCUGGCCUCUAUGAGGCCAUUUGCGCAGAGCUUUGAUAUUUAUUUAUCACAGAUCCUGAGGGUCCUGGGAGAGAGUGCUAUUGCGGUGAGAACCAAGGCCAUGAAGUGUCUAUCAGAGGUAGUGGCUGUGGAUCCAAGUAUACUGGGAAGAGUGGACAUGCAGCGUGGGGUGCACUGCCGUCUGAUGGACAACUCAACUAGUGUCCGAGAAGCAGCUGUGGAGCUUCUUGGACGCUUCGUGCUCAGUCGACCUGAGCUCAUCGAGCAGUACUAUGACAUGCUUAUCGAAAGGAUUUUGGACACGGGAAUCAGCGUGCGAAAAAGAGUCAUCAAGAUUCUAAGAGACAUCUGCUUGGAGCUGCCGGACUUCCACAAGAUAACAGAGAUGUGCGUCAGGAUGAUCCGCAGAGUCAAUGACGAGGAAGGGAUCAAGAAACUGGUGAAUGAGACGUUCCAGAAGCUCUGGUUCUCCCCCACGCCCAGCCACGACGAAGAAGCCAUGAAGAGAAAGAUCCUGAACAUCACAGACGUGGUGUUGGCCUGCAAAGAUUCGGGCUACGACUGGUUUGAGCAGCUGCUGCAAAACCUGCUGAAAUCAGAGGAGGAUGCUUCAUACAAACCGACCAAGAAGGCCUGUGUUCAGCUGGUGGACAACUUAGUGGAACAUAUACUGAAAUAUGAGGAAUCCAUUGCAGACUGCGAAGACAAAGGGAUAAACUCAAGCCGUGUGGUAGCGUGCAUCACCACUCUUUAUCUGGUUACCAAAAUCAGGCCUAACCUGAUGGUUAAACAUGCCAUGGCUAUGCAGCCCUACUUGAACACCAAAUGCAGCACUCAGAACGACUUCAUGGUGAUUUGCAACGUGGCCAAGAUCCUGGAGCUGGUUGUGCCUCUGAUGGAGACUCCAAGUGAGUCUUUCCUCAACACCAUUGAGGGAGACCUGAUGAAGCUCAUCAUUAAACACGGCAUGACGGUUGUGCAGCACUGUGUGAGCUGUCUCGGCGCUAUUGUGAACAAGGUCACGCAUAACUACAAGUUUGUGUGGGCUUGUUUCAAUCGCUUCUACGGAGCUCUGGCUAAACUCAAGACGCAGCACCAGGAGGACCCCAGCAGCUCAACGCUGGCUGCUAACAAGCCGACUCUGCUGCGCUCCCUCUUCACCGUGGGGGCGCUUUGUCGACACUUUGACUUUGACCAAGAAGAGUUCAAGGGAGCUAACAAGAUCAUCAUAAAAGAGAAGGUUUUGGAGCUUCUGCUGUAUUUCACCACCCACGAGGAUGAGGAGGUCCAGAUCAAGGCCAUUAUUGGUCUAGGCUUCCAGUUCAUCAUGCACCCUGAGCUCAUGUUCGUGCAAGAUGUGAAGGUUCUUUACAUCAGUCUGCUGUCAGGCGAGAACAGCGCCGUCAACCUGAAGAUCCACGUGCUGAAAAACCUUCAGACGUACCUGCAGGAGGAGGACUCUCGAAUGCAAGAGGCCGACCGCGAAUGGAAGAAUCAAGCGAAGCAGGAAGAUCUUAAGGAGAUGGGCGACAUCUCCUCAGGCAUGAGCAGCUCCAUUAUGCAGAUCUACCUAAAGCAGGUGCUGGAGUCCUUCUUCCACUCGCAGUCCACCGUUCGGCACUUCGCUCUGAGCGUCAUCACGCUGACUCUCAGCCAGGGCCUCAUACACCCUGUGCAGUGUGUCCCCUACUUGAUUGCCAUGGGCACGGAUCCGGAACCGACCAUGAAGAACAAGGCAGACCAACAGCUGGUGGAGAUUGACAAGAAAUACUCAGGAUUCAUCCACAUGAAGGCUGUUGCUGGGCUGAAGAUGUCUUACCAGGUGCAGCAGGCCAUAAACGGCGGCAAACGCGCGGCGAUCCGAGGUUUCCGCCACGAGGACUCGGACUCGGCUCUCUGCUCCCAUCUCUACACUAUGGUUCGUGGGAACCGACAGCACAGGCGGGCUUUCCUCAUCUCCCUGCUCAACCUGUUCGACGACAGCUCCAAAACAGAAGUAAACAUGCUGCUCUUCAUAGCAGACAACCUGGCAUGCUUCCCUUACCAAACCCAGGAGGAACCUCUUUUCAUCAUGCACCAUAUAGACAUCACUCUGUCUGUCUCUGGUAGCAACCUCCUCCAGUCUUUCAAAGAGUGUUUACGGAAAGAGCCUGUGAGACAUAAAAAGAAGGUGAAGACAAAGAAGAGAAAAAAGAAGCAUUCUCGUAAGAGGAAAAACAGCUCUGAUGAGGAGGAAGACGAGGAUGAGGAGAAGAGCAGCAGCACAUCCAGCAGCAGCAGCAGCAGCAGCAGCGGUAGCAGCAGCAGCGAGGAGGAAGAGGAGGAAGUCCGCAAGCGAAAGAAGCCCGGAGGUGGUGAGUCUGACUCGGAUCUGGACGACGAAGAAGCGGUGAUGGACCGCCUGCCUGAAAACACCACGCCUCUGCUGGAAUUCGCCAGCGCUUCUCAGGGCAUCCUGCUGCUGCUGGUGCUCAAACAACACCUAAAGAACCUUUAUGGCUUCUCAGACAGCAAAAUCCAGAAGUACUCUCCGACGGAGUCGGCCAAAGUUUACGACAAGGCGGUGAACAGGAAGUCUAAGGUGAGCUUCAACCCUCGUCAGACUCUGGAAUACCUGAAGAGUGACGUGGCCAACAGAGAACUCAGCUGGGAAACUAAGAAGAAUAUCGUCAAGCUGUUUUUGGACUUCAAGGUGCUGAUGGAGCACCUGGACCGCGACGAAGAGGAGGAGGAUGGGGGCGAAGCAAACGCUAAUGCCAGAAACAAAGCCAUCAACUCGCUGCUGAAGGGUCCUAAACCCCAAAAUCACAACCACAGUAAUCACACUGCUCCAGUGGAGACAGAUGAUGAGGAGAGUGAGGAUGAAGAUCCUCCCGCGCGAAAGCCAAGAAAAGACGCGGAUUCUGCUGACGACGUGGGCCAAAUGGUGGAGGUCAUGGACAUCGUCGCCAUCUGCCGCCCCAAAUACAAAGACAGACCGCAGAUCGCCAAGAUCAUCCAAAAGACCAGGAGCGGCUACAGUAUACACUGGAUGACGGGGACCUACUCCGGACCGUGGGCUGUGGCGAAGAAGCGGGACGGCCGCAAAAAGGUGCCUUGGGUCGACAGCAUCAAGGAGUCAGACAUUAUCUACAAGAAAAUCUCCUUGACGAGCGGACAGAAGCUUACGAACAAAGUGGCACAGACGUUACGAGCGCUGUACGCUUCCAAGGACGGGUCGAAGAGUUAGUGAGAAAAAAUAUCCCUGAACGUCCCCCCCCGUUCCCCCCACCGCAGCUCAGAUCUGCGGAGUCGCUACGUUACCUGCAGAGACAACGCUCCCGUGUUUAGAUUUAAGGCUCUGGUGGAGGAAAUGUUCUUGAAAUACUGUUUAAGUUUUAGGGUUAACGCGAGAAAAAGACAAAAAAAAAAAAAAAAAAAAGACGGAGGUGAAAAUGUUUGUGAAAACAUUGUGUGGGAGUUCCUUCGCUGUUGUGCAGCAACUUGGAUGUUUGAUUUUUACUCCCGCUGUAUCAUAGUUUAACUAAAAAAAACGAGAAAACAAAAACAUGUUUAUAUCUGAACAUAAUUCUGUAAAAAACAAAAACAAACAAACAAAAAAAAAGAAAAAAAAAGCAACAAAACAAACUGAAUGUUGGAAGUUAGUGUAUUGACGAUGUUCUUAAUAAAGUGUUUUUUUGGAAUUAUACCUAGAUCCAGAUGAAUUUAUUUACUUGAUGUGAGGUCCAGGAAAUUUUAAUGUCUUGUUAUAGAAAAAAAACAACAACAACAACAUGCUGUUUAGCUCCAUCUGUGUUAUAGACUAUCUUUGACCUAUUUAUGAGGAAAGCGGUGCAGUAUCUGUGCUAAUAGUGUUUUAAUAUACAGUAGGUUCAAUGUUAAAUAGCACAGGUCGACAAUAAAGUUAUCCACCGCCCCUCUGGUGGAGCUUAUACUGCAAUAAAUUUUUCUUAUUUCUUUGUUA